AUGAACAAUUCGGAGGAAGAGGGGGAGGAGGAGGAAGAAGAAGGCGAGGUGAGGGAAGAGGAGGAGGAGGAAGAAUUCUUCGAGUCGCUCGAUCGGAUUAUUUCAUCCUCUUCAUGCUCCUCCGCCUCCUCAUCCGACGAUGACGAUGGAGGCCGCCGGAAUCACCCGGUCCAGCGCCGGCACAACCAGCACCACGGUCCGAGAUUUCCUGCGUCAUGGAUGUACGACGUCUGGAUCUCUCAGCCUUCUUCCGUGGAGGAGCGGCGGCGGCGUCUGCUCCACCAGCUGGGACUCAUCGGCGAUACCUUCCUUUCCCACCGCGAGCCGAUGGAGCAGGAUGAUGGAGACAGCGAUGUCGAGAAGAGAGGCGGCGGCUGUGAGGGUGCACCCAGUUUCCAGGUUACACUGCAUGUCGAUAUGGGGAGGUCGGCAUCCUGCGACGGGCUUCUCCUCCGGCAGGAUGAACGGCAGAAUUCGUCCCCCUGCGCCAUAGUCCGAUCCAGAUCCGAUGGAGCGGUGGACUCCAACUGUGGAGGUAAUCAUGGUUCUCCCACUCUCCACAAGCCUCAUCCAUCUCCGAGCAAGCCUCCGAUUGCAAAACCUCUCUCCUCCGGAACGAAGAACAACGGCGGCCAGGAUGUGGAUGCUGAUCGGGAGGACAGCUUCGAAGACGGAGAGCAACAAAGUAUUCGCGGGGACCUGUACUGCACGAUCAAGAACCUCGACAGCGGGGAGGAGUUCGUGGUGAAGGAGCUGCGGGAGGAUGGGAUGUGGAAUAAGCUGAGGGAAGUGGGCACGGGGAGACAACUGACCAUGGAGGAGUUCCAGUCCUCUGUUGUCGGUCACUCCCCCAUUGUCCAGGAGCUCAUGCGGAGGCAGAAUGUGGAGGACGCUGUCACUGGCAAGGCAGAUGGUGUUCAUCCCAGAGCUUCAGAUCUUGACAUCAGUGGGCUGAGAUCGAAGAAGAAAGGGAGCUGGCUGAGGAGCAUCAAGAAUGUGGCAGGUACAGUAGUCCACCGCAUGGAAAAACGGAGCAGUGAUGAGAGGGACACAUCAUCUGAGAAGGGAGGGCGGAGGUCUAGCUCGGCAACAGAUGAUAGCCAGGAUGCACAGUCACAUCAUGGUCCAGAGAGAGUGAAGGUCCGGCAUUAUGGGAAAACCUGGAAAGAACUCACAGGUCUGUUCAUGAGCCAGGAGGUCAGAGCGCACAAUGGAUCCAUCUGGAGCAUGAAGUUCAGUUUGGAUGGCAGGUUUCUUGCUAGCGCUGGGGAGGACUGCAUCAUCCAGAUUUGGCAGGUAAUGGAGAUGGAGAGGAAGGGGGAUCUGCUGACGGAAAGAGCAGCUGCAGCACCAUCAGCAGACGAUGGUGGCCCCAAUUCCUUCGCUGCAUUCGGCCACGAGUCACCAGAAACAAUGUCAUUGCCAUCUAACAUCGAGACGAUCAGUUGCUACAUGGAUAAGAAGAGAAGAGCAAAGGCUACUUCUGUGAGAAAAUCCUUAAGUUUUGAUCAGAUAGUGCUGCCUGAAAAUAUCUUUACAUUGUCAGAGAAGCCGAUAUGUUCCUUCCAUGGACACCUCGAGGAUGUCCUUGACCUUUCAUGGUCCAAAUCUGAGGUUGGUUGAUAUCUCGGCAGUAAAUUUCUGGUUAUGCUCGUCAUUACGGAUUUUCUUGAAUCAGCCACACUAAGUUCUUUCUGCACAUAAAAAAACCAAGGAUCACUUUUUCAGUUCAGUCAGAGCUUCUUGGUGCACAUUACAGAUUUUCUUACUUGCCGUUUUAUGCAAAGUCAACCAUUUAAUAUCCCUGUUGAUAAUUUCCUUUCUAUUUUUAUCGGCAUCUUCCCUUUUUUUAUCUGGUGGACGUGUAUGCCAAAGAGUUAUUGGAUCUGGGUCUUGAAGACUGAAUUGCCAGAUUCAUGUUUAUUUUUUUCGAAUUAUUGUCAUGACCACCCUUGUGAUAAUCCCUUCCACAGAAUUUAGAACAUUAAGAAGGGACGUUUGCCCACCUUCAAGUGAGGCAGGCUUAAACUAUACUAUAAAUAGUUAGUUAGUGUUCUAUUUGUCAAUUAGUCCCAUGGAAGUUUGGUAGAUCAUCUGCUAUGUAAAGCUUCAUUGGCCACGUUACAGAGUUUCAUCAAAUGCCGACAAGACUUCACCAAAUCUGUUGUCUACUUCAUUGGAUAUGGCCCAUCCAAUAACGAUUGAGACAAGUGUUCUAACGUUGACCUCAUUGUUGUCACGGUCAACUUUGUGUUUCACUAUGCUUACGGUAAGCAGUUGAAAUUUUCGCAUUAUCAUAUGCUUUUGCGAAAACUUUCUGUAAAAUCAUGGGUUAGUCGGGGGACAUAAGAGACAAUGGUUAUUUGGCUGAUUAAACUAGAUUAUUAUAGUUUCUGACUUUUUAGGAUCAGGUUCUUGAUUAAUGCUAUUAUUGCGGUCAUGAGAUUACUUCAGGUAAAAUAUAUGCAGCUAAGGGGAUUUUAUUCAUGUUAUUGGGAACAUCACUUUGAGAAGGCAGCUACAUCCUUGUCACUUAUCUCGUCUUCUCCAUAUCAGAAGUCAAUGACCUUCCCGUGGGGACUGUCAAUCCACUUUGAGCAUACUUGCCUCUUUUAUGAACCCUAGCAUCAAGUUUGUUGGCCAUAACACAAGACUGAUCUUCCUUCGUGGAAAAAAAUAUGGUUUCAAUCCAUGGGGCUUUAGGCAUCCCACGGCCACCACUUAUGAUUUUACUAUAAUUACUGUACUUUCACGUGUUUAUAAAUAUAUACACUUGUAUAAUCAGAAUUAUAUGUACACUCAAAUCAAUCAGACCAAGCUGAUCUGGACUGGAUUGAAGAUCCUUACCAGUUUGACAAUGGAGGGUUGACUUUUGGAAGUGAAGUGUCAUCUAGCUUUGCUAUGAAGUCUGAUUCAUUGGGAUUUCGUACAUUUUCAGCAUCUGCUCUCAUCAUCUAUGGACAAGACGGUGAGGCUGUGGCACAUGUCGAGCAAUUCCUGCCUGAAGAUAUUCUCCCACAGUGAUUACGGUAGGAGAACUCCUUCCCAUAUCUCUCUCUGAUCCAUGUCCGGGAGGACUUGAUCUUCGUGUUCUUCCUCCCCCUUCCUCGCAGUGACCUGCAUCCAGUUCAAUCCGGUCAACGACGAUUACUUCAUCAGCGGAUCCUUGGACGCCAAAGUCCGCCUGUGGAGCAUAAGCGGCCGUCAAGUCGUCGACUGGAAGGACGUCCACGAAAUGGUCACCGCAGCUUGCUACACCCCGGACGGCAAGGUUCCAUCUUUCUCCAUUAAUGGCGACCUCCCCACCCCUCUCUCAUGCAUCCCAUUUAUGGCGUCUGCCUAGAUCCGAUCUUCCUUCUUCUUCUUCAUCGUCUUCAUAGGGUGCACUGGUGGGUUCCCACAAGGGGGGCUGCCACGUAUAUGACGCAUCAGGUACUGCUGCUUCCACUUUUGUCGAUAAAUGUGGCUUUUUUCCUAUCUUUUCAUGGCUUCUUGCUGCUCUCAGAGAACAAGCUGCGUCUCAGGAGCCGAAUCGACCUGCAGAACAAGAAGAAGAGAUCCCACCACAAGAAAAUCACCGGAUUCCAGGUAGAAUUUGGAUUUAUAUAUAUAUAUAUACCAAGAAUGGUAUACUCUUUCAAACGUUGACUUUGAGGAAUUUCUGGUUUUUGGAUUUUUUUAUAUUUUUUUGACGUCUUUGUUCCUGGUUGUGUCGGAGCAGUUCGUCCCCGGGAGCUCUUCGGAGGUCAUCGUCACGUCUGCGGAUUCCCGAAUCCGCCUCGUCGACGGCCUCCAAUUGGUCCUUAAAUUCAAAGGUGAAGAUCAGAGUGUUCCCCUCCAUUUUAUUUGACUUUUGUUCUUGCGGGGAGACGAGGUCUCCGUUGAGGAGAUGAAGCGUUGACACGCUUCUCCUGCUUAGGUUUCCUGAACACGAGCAGCCAGAUAUCGGCGUCGUUGACUCCGGACGGGAAGUACGUGGUGUGCGCCAGCGAGGACUCCCACGUGUACGUCUGGCGGUACGACCCCGGCCCACGGCCGAGCAAGGGCAAGGCCGCCGCCGCCACCACGCGGUCCUACGAGCUCUUCCACUGCCGGGACGUCUCGGCGGCGAUCGCCUGGCCCGGCGCCGGGCGAUUCUCCGGCGGGGCGGCGGCGACUUGGCCGGAGGAGAAACUCCUGGCCGCCACCGGCAAGCAGAGCCCCCCUCGCCGGAGCGCCGCUGCGCCGGCGGAGACUCCGCCGGCGUGGGGGAUGGUCAUCGUCACCGCUUGCCGCGGGGGAGAGAUCAGAAUAUUCCAAAAUUUUGGGUGUCCACUCCGGAUUUGA